GGCCAUAGCUGCGGCUGGCCUGGAGUUUGUGCCCCCACCUUUGCCUGGGUCCUGGACAGCCUGCCCAGUGGAUUUGUCAUCCCCCCGCUGCCACGUGCAGAGCCACGAGUGAGGCUACUUCCCUUCCCAGCUGACCCCCCACCCCACCCACUGGACGCACAUCCUGUCCCUGGACAGAGGGACAGGACAGGGGGCCUUGAGUCCCAGUGGCCUGGGGUCAGACCCACACUCAGCUGCAGAGGCUGCUGGCAACUGUGGAGGGCUCCAGCCUGCCUUGGCUGACCGCUGGGGAACCGAGCACCGCCUGGCCUCUUUCCCGCGGCAAGCGCAGAGCUGAAGCGCUGCGGCAUGGCGCGCGGCUGCCUCCAGGGCGUCAAGUUCCUCAUGUUCGCCUUCAACCUGCUCUUCUGGCUGGGAGGCUGUGGCAUCCUUGGUGUCGGCAUCUGGCUGGCGGCCACGCAGGGGAACUUCGCCACCCUGUCUUCCUCCUUCCCGUCCCUGUCGGCCGCCAACCUGCUUAUCGUUACCGGCACCUUCAUCAUGGCCAUCGGCUUCGUGGGCUGCAUCGGGGCCAUCAAGGAGAACAAGUGCCUCUUGCUCACCUUCUUCGUGAUGCUGCUGCUGGUGUUCCUGCUGGAGGCCACCAUCACCAUCUUGUUCUUCGCCUACACUGACAAGAUCGACAGGUACGCCCAGCAGGACCUAAAGAAGGGUCUGCACCUGUACGGGACCCCAGGCAACGUGGGCCUCACCAACGCCUGGAGCAUCAUCCAGACCGACUUUCGCUGCUGUGGGGUCUCCAACUACACUGACUGGUUCGAGGUCUACAACGCCACCCGCGUGCCCGACUCCUGCUGCCUGGAGUUCAGCGAGAGCUGCGGCCUUCACGCACCCGGCACCUGGUGGAAGGCGCCCUGUUACGAGACCGUGAAGAUGUGGCUCCAGGAGAACCUUCUGGCUGUGGGUAUCUUUGGGCUGUGCACGGCACUGGUACAGAUCCUGGGUCUGACCUUCGCUAUGACCAUGUACUGUCAGGUGGUGAAGGCGGACACCUACUGUGCGUAGGGUGCCCGCUGCCUGCCUCCCCUGCCUCGCUGCCAAAGGACACGGCCCACUGGGAGAUGCCCGUGUCCCCACCUUCCUCUCCUGCUGCGGGACUCAGCACCAACCCUGCCCCCCGCAACCGCGCCCCCAGACCCUCAGCCAGCUGGGUGAGCAGCGUGCUGGAGGGAGGAGGGGCUCCUGGCACACUUCACGUCCGUGUACUCUCCCGAGCAGUGUCUGCCCCCCUGGCCGGGGUCAUUCACGAGUGGGGGUGGGGGUGAAGGGCUGACGGCUGGUCCUGGUGCUCCAGGUGGGGCGGCCGCCCCACCACCCACAUUCCACAGCGGAGCCUGGGCAGGCUCUGGUGCAUCUUAAUAAAGUGUGUGGACAGCU